UUUUCGUCUGAUGUCACUUUUUGCUUAAUACAUCCGUAAAGUGAAUUCAUUUACGACUGAUUUUGAUGAGUCUCCUCAGUGAACGGAGCCAAUUUUUGGUUACGAUUGUUCAAUAAAACACAAGUUUCUUCAAAUAUGAGGCAGCACCACGGUGUCUCUGUACGAUUGGCGACUCACGUCGCAAGCGCAAACAACUGCAAGCAAAAAAAUUCUUUUCCGAUUGCGACACCGACCGACAGUUUCCAUUCACAAUCACGGCGGACAGCUGUGUGUUGUUGCUCGUGCCACAUCCGAAAUGAAGGAAACUCGUGCCGUUCGCCGAUGGCAGAAGCCGUUCUGAAGGAUAUGGUAGCCAGAGAAGCACUCGACUGGGUUGUUGACAGUGCAGCGAUUGCCGACUGGAAUGUUGGUUACCCCCCGGAGGAUCGCUGCUUGGCGAUUUUGCGAGAGAACGGACUGGAUUCGAACCACAUCGGCCGGCAGAUCGGGAAGGACGAUUUCGAACGGUUUGAUUACAUUUUUGGCAUGGAUGAGGGUAAUGUGAGUGAUUUGAAGGCGCUGGCGCCCGAUCAGUGCCGGGCCCAAAUUGAACUGCUGGGGCGUUACAGGAUGAAAGAACUAGAUAAGAUUAUAUUCGAUCCGUAUUUCGAACGUGGAGUGCAUGGUUUCAGAAGGUGCUACACUCAAAUUGUGAUAUGUUGCCAGAACUUCAUUCAGCAAAAACGAUCAAUUGGAUAAAUCAGUGUGCUUAAACCGACAAACAGUUGGUGACGGAGAAUUUGCCGGCUGUUAGAUCCUCCACGAAUUGAUCCCAUCUAGUUUGCAGUAUUUCGGAAAAUUGUUGCCGCUCGUUCACUGUUAGGCUGCUAUACCUUUAAUAUUUAAUUAAGUGAUGAUUUAUAGGAAAUGUUACAAUUCCAUUGUUAGUACCUCACUGAAUCCCACACAAUUUGUUUGAGAAAUCCUAUACCUGCGGAACUGGGAGCGAUCGCCAUAAAAGCGUAGUAGUAAUCGAAGCUUACACCCUUACUGUCCCAAAAUCCUGGAUCAUCGCAUGAAACGACGAUGGGAAUGCUCUCCGAUACAUAGAACACUGCCGGAUGGUUGCGCAGAUCGGUUACCAGUCGUAAUACUUGAUUCGAAAGUGGACACACUUCGAGAGCAAUGCCCUUACUUUUAACUGCCUUCCAUAGUACCGGAUGUUUGUACAGCGAAUAGCCAUGCCCGAUACGACGACUGUUCAGCAGCACCGCAUCAAUCAGGUUAAGAUCAGCGGCACUUCCAU